UUUUCAGCCCAGCGACGUGCGAACACCACAACUCCGGCGGCCGCCAGACCAGCCGGAGCUCCGGCUGCUGCGGACGGAGCACCGGGCGGAGCUGGAGCUCCAGCUGCUGGAGCGGCUCAACCUGGAAAUAUACCCGAACAACCACCGAUUAUGUUUCCGUUCAUGGCACAUCAUUUCGGUUUUCCACCCCCUCUCCAACAACAACCACAGCCAGCACAAAACCAAGCAGCUGCCGCUGGUGCGACGGCUCAGGGACAACGAACCGAAAAUCAGCCGAGCAAUACAACGGAUCAGGCAGGCACUUCAACGAAUAGCACACAACAACAAGGAAACACAGCCACUGCGGGUGCUCAGCCACCAUUCGUUCCGCCGUUUGGCUUUAUUUUUUCCCAAAAACCGUGAUGAAUAA